AUGACGGAUGUGAGCCCCGAACUCGCGAAGGUGGAGGAGACACGGAAGAAUGUAGAGAAGGAACUGAGAGAGAUUCGAGAGGUGGAGAACCGCAUUCGAGACUUGCAGCUGGAGCAGUCGGAACAGAAAAAGGAAGAUGACGAGGGCAAUAUACGAAAUAGUGUCGUGAGUCACGCAAAACUCCUUGCCGAUGCUCUAAAUCUUUACGCAGGCGGCGAGGUCAGCUUCGACCAAGAUUUGGUCGCAGAGACGUUUAGGGAUUCCGAGCAGCCUAUCCAGAACAAAGCGACGUCAAUCCUUUUUCGAUGGCUGGAAAAGACUGAUGAAAGCUCAGACGAAAACGUGAAGCAUCAAAACUUGAACACGCUGAGAGCUACCUUGGCUGUCAUGAGCGGCCUGCGGAAGCAUAAGUGGGUGGAGCUUGUGAUGCUUCGGAAACGAAUUCGUGAAUCUUUUCCCUCCAGAGAUAAUGGUGAAGAAGAGCCGGUUGAGAAGCGGAAUCGGCGACUGAAGCAUGUGGAUGAUUUCCUCGUCAUCCUGGAGCGACUACGGCGUCUCCAUUGGAAGGAAAUUGAGUACCUGGACGACUUUGGCCUCCACUUGCAUCGCGGUGCCUUUCCAGAUGACGACGACCUGCAGACCUACUUGUACUCUUCAUUGCUCGACCGUGUACAAACGUACAGCGGCCGGUACGGGUUCCACAAUCGAAGUAUUUCAACUCUGGAUCAAAUACGGCGGUAUUACAUGGAUUUGCGAGCGACUUCCCACAUGGAAACGAACGCAGUGCUUUGGGAGGACGUGAGGCUGGCGCUCUCAGCGUACGAUGAAUACAAAGUCCUCUCAUAUGCGGAUGACUUGGAGAAAGGCGUUGCGGCUGGCCUGUGGCCUCAGCUUGCGGUACCGCUUUUCCUCUACUAG